GAGUAACAAGUCACUAGUUACUAACUGUACUAUUUUCCCCCACUACCUUCCGACCUUUCCCUUUAUUCCCUCCAACCGGUAACAACAACAACGCUGGCCGUUAACUGUAACGCUGUAAGCUACAGCUGCUACAAGCUAUAAAUGCACUGUGCGCACGUUGACUCCGGUCAUUUUGCCUGGAGAUCUCCGGUUCAACACACGCGGGAGUGGAAAAGACGCGCGAUUUUUAACAUCAGUGCUACAAAAACGUGAUACAUCAUCUCGUCAUAUGGUAGUUGUAAUAUUAAUGAAGUACAAAUAAUCUUCUACGACAAGAAAGGACACGAAUUCACACAAAUAAUCGUCGAUUAAGAAAAAAAAACAAUGGCAGACUCUAUGAUUGAUAACUGUGACAGAAAACCGGCAGAUGUACUCUUACCAGAUGAUGGACUUUCAGCAGCACAAUUAUUCGCUACCGGCGAUGGUAUCACCUAUAAUGAUUUUAUUAUUUUACCCGGUUAUAUCGAUUUUACUGCCAGCGAGGUUGAUUUACUAUCGCCAUUGACAAAGAAGAUUAUGAUUAAAGCACCGCUAGUAUCAUCUCCCAUGGACACAGUUACAGAAUCCGACAUGGCUAUUGCCAUGGCCCUAUGUGGAGGAAUUGGCAUAAUACAUCAUAAUUGUACGCCUGAAUAUCAAGCCAACGAAGUACAUAAGGUCAAGAAAUAUAAACAUGGUUUCAUUAGGGAUCCAGUAGUUCUAUCACCUAAUCACACAGUCAAAGAUGUCUUAAAUGUGAAAGCUGAACAUGGUUUUUCUGGUGUUCCUAUUACAAAUACAGGAAAAGUUGGAGGUAAACUAUUGGGCAUCGUAACAUCUAGGGAUAUUGAUUUUUUGAAGAAAACAACAGAUCAACAAUGCAUAAAAUUGGAAUCAAUAAUGACAAAAUUGGAGGAUCUGAUCACUGCAACUGCUGGUGUAACAUUACAAGAGGCAAAUGUAAUUCUUGAGAAGUCUAGAAAAGGGAAACUCCCAAUUGUCAAUGAGGAAGGGGAAUUAGUAUCUUUAAUGGCAAGAACUGACUUGAAAAAGAAUCGUAGCUAUCCAAAUGCUAGUAAAGAUGAGAACAAACAAUUGUUGGUUGGUGCUGCUAUUGGUACACGCAAUGCUGAUAAAGAAAGACUGCAACAUCUUACUAUAGCUGGUGUUGAUGUUAUUGUUGUGGAUUCUUCUCAAGGAAAUUCUAUAUAUCAAAUUGACAUGAUUAAGUACAUUAAAUCAGAAUACCCAAAUUUGCAGGUAAUUGCAGGGAAUGUUGUAACAACUUUGCAAGCUAAAAAUCUUAUAGAAGCUGGGGCUGAUGCUUUAAGAGUUGGGAUGGGUUGUGGAUCUAUUUGUAUUACUCAAGAAGUUAUGGCUGUGGGAAGACCUCAAGCAACUGCUAUAUAUAAAGUUGCAGAAUAUGCAAGGAAAUUUGGUGUACCUAUUAUAGCUGAUGGUGGUAUUCAAUCUAUCGGGCACAUUACUAAAAGCUUAAGUUUGGGUGCUAGCACAGUUAUGAUGGGAUCUUUAUUAGCUGGUACCUUAGAGGCACCAGGUGAAUAUUUUUUUCGUGAUGGUGUACGUCUAAAGAAAUAUAGAGGCAUGGGCUCCUUAGAAGCUAUGAAUAGAAAAGAUGCACAUGGUUCAGCAAUGGAUAGGUACUUUCAUAAUGAGAUGGACAAGUUGAAAAUAGCUCAAGGUGUUAGUGGCUCAAUAAUUGACAGAGGAACUGUUUUUAAUUUUUUAUCCUAUUUAAUAUAUGGCAUUAAACAUGGAUGCCAAGAUAUCGGAGCAAAGUCUGUAUCUACCUUAAGAUCUAUGAUGUAUAGUGGAGAAUUAAAAUUUGAAAGAAGAACACAUUCUGCUCAACAAGAAGGAAAUGUUCAUAGCCUUUUCUCAUAUGAAAAGAGACUUUAUAAAUAGAUAAAUAUUAAAUGAGCAUUUUACAAAAAGAGGAGUACCUGCAUUUAAUUGGAUAUAACUUGUCAAUUUUAACAAAUUAUGUCCUGAAUUAUAUGAACUCGUAUAUUUGCUUAUACUUAAACAUAUAACUAUGCAAAGAUAUAUGAAACAAAUUGUUUUUUAAUGAUAGACAAGUGAAAUUUAUUUCACUAUCAUUUUAUAUACAAUGAAAAUAAUUUAAGAACCUUUUUUUAUAAUGUACUUAUGAGAUGCAAAUAUGUAUCUAAUAGAUAUACAUAUGUAAGAAAACUUGAAUGAUACAAGGGAAGGAGAAAGUUACUGAUAAUUAAUUUUUUUUAAAUCCUAUAAAUGUAGUAAUUUACAUGAUAAAUUUUCUCACAUUUCUGUGAUAACUCAAUUUAUUACUAUGUAUAUAUACAUACGUGCCAUCCUUUAAGUAGAUUAAUCUGUUUAAUUUACAUUACAGAUAUGACUGAAUUAUUAAACAAGUUAUAACUAUACAUUGUUGUAAUAUUCUUUUCUUGCUGCAUUCUUUGUUUACUACAUUCUGUGCACCUGAUUUAAAUCACUAAAAUGUACACUGUUUGGAAUUCUUACGAAAUCACAUUAAUAUUUUAAUGAACAAAAUUUAAAAAGUAUUUGAAAGGUACAUAAUAUCCUUAAAAAUCUACAAUGCAGCAAGAAAAAGAUUCAAGAUCUAAAUGCCAAACUAUGAAGACGCUAUUUGAAAGUAAUUUAAUCGGCUUAAUUGUUUAUUAGCUGAUUAUUUAUUUCUAUCGAAACGUGAUAGAAAAGAAUCCAUUAUAGAUAGAUAGGAAAGAAUACAUUAUAGUGUUAUACUUUAUCAGGUAUUUUAAUAUAAUUUAUCAAAAUAUAUUUUUAUGACUCUGAUUUAAUAUAAGCUAUCUCUUGGAAGUAAAGACCUAAAUUCAAGUACUUAAGUUAAUUGUAAGACAAUUUUAUAAUUCAAAAUAUACGAAUUAAAGACAUACAAUAUAAACUAUUUUAUUAUUACUAGCCGCAAAUUUUACACAGGUUGUUAUAAUAAAAUUGUAUAUUUGAAAUAAAGCCCUAACUAAUGUUAAAUAU